UCCCGCACUUUUCCUAUCAACUGAAAAACUGAAAACCUCCAAAAACAAGCUCUCGUUGGCCACAAAAACUUAAAACAAGCAAAUAACAAAUGGCGAAUCUCGUAGAAACCUAUGCCUGCACCCCUUCCACGGAACGAGGCCGUGGAAUUCUAAUCUCCGGCGAUCCCAAAUCCAACUCAAUCCUUUAUUGCAAUGGAAGGUCCGUCUACAUCCGAUACCUCGACCGCCCUCUCGAUGUUGCCGUUUAUGGCGACCACGGCUACCCUGUCACUGUCGCUCGUUACUCCCCCAACGGCGAGUGGAUCGCCUCAGCUGACGUCUCGGGCACCGUACGAAUCUGGGGUACCCAUAAUGACUUCGUUUUGAAAAAUGAGUUCAAGGUCCUCUCGGGUCGGAUCGAUGAUCUCCAGUGGUCUCCCGACGGGUUGAGGAUCGUUGCCUCUGGCGACGGUAAAGGAAAGUCCUUUGUCCGCGCUUUUAUGUGGGACUCGGGGAGUACUGUGGGGGAUUUUGAUGGGCACUCGAGGAGGGUGCUGAGCUGUCAUUUCAAACCGACGAGGCCGUUUCGGAUUGCAACCUGUGGAGAGGAUUUCUUGGUGAAUUUUUAUGAAGGUCCACCCUUUAAGUUCAAGUUAUCUCACAGGGAGCAUUCAAAUUUCGUUAACUGCAUUAGAUUUUCCCCAGAUGGCAGCAAACUAAUUAGUGUAAGCUCAGAUAAGAAGGGUAUAAUUUAUGAUGCGAAGACUGGUGAAACUAUUGGAGAGUUGUCCUGUGAAGAUGGUCAUACAGGCAGCAUUUACGCUGUUAGCUGGAGCGCUGAUGGUAAACAUGUACUAACUGUUUCUGCUGACAAGACUGCAAAGAUAUGGGAGAUAUUUGAAGAUGGUUCUGGAAAAGUGAAGAAAACAUUGGAAUGUCCUGGAUCUGAUGGAGUGGAGGACAUGCUUGUUGGAUGUCUGUGGCAGAAUGAUCAUCUUGUUACGGUUUCCCUUGGUGGCACAAUUAACUUAUUCUCUGCAAGUGAUCCUGAUAAACCCCCAUUAUUGUUGUCUGGACAUAUGAAGAACAUAACUACCUUAACUGUACUCAAAAGCAGCCAAAAGAUGAUUCUGUCCAGCAGCUUUGAUGGAUCCAUCCUUAGAUGGAUUCAAGGGGUUGGAUACAGUGGCAAAUUAAAGAGGAAAGAUAGUUCUCAAAUUAAAUGUUUGGCUGCUGUUAAAGAAGAGAUAAUUACAUCUGGAUAUGACAACAAGGUAUGGAGAGUUCCUCUGCACGAGGAAGAAUGUGGGGUUGCAGAACAUAUAGAUGUUGGCAGUCAGCCGAAAGACUUGAGCUACGCCAUCAAUUCUCCUGAUCUGGCUUUAGUUUCAACUGAUUCUGGAGUUGUAUUGCUUAAGGGUCUACAAGAACUAUCAAACAUGAAUCUUGGAUUUACCGUGACAGCUUCUGUUAUUUCACCUGAUGGAAGUGAGGUUAUUGUGGGGGGGCAGGACGGUAAAUUGCAUAUAUAUUCUGUUUCAGGUGAUUCUCUUACAGAAAAAGCAACCCUUGAGAAGCAUAGAGGUGCAAUUAGCGUGAUACGGUAUUCUCCAGAUGUUUCCAUGUUUGCUUCAGCCGAUCUCAACCGUGAGGCAGUUGUUUGGGAUCAUGUCUCCAAAGAGGUGAAGCUUAAUAACAUGUUGUACCACACAGCUCGUAUCAAUUGCCUUGCUUGGUCUCCUGAUAGCACUAUGGUGGCUACAGGAUCACUAGACACUUGUGUAAUCAUAUAUGAAGUUGGGAAACCUCCUUCAAGCCGCAUAACUAUAAAGAAUGCUCAUCCUGGUGGAGUUUAUGGUUUGGUUUUUACUGAUGACAGCAGUGUGGUCAGCUCAGGAGAGGACGCCUGCAUUCGUGUUUGGAGGAUAGAGCGGCAAUAACAUAAGUACCGGAUCAGACACGUAUGAUGCAGUUUGAAUACAUUUCAAGCCACUCAACCCCGAGAUAGAAAGGUUGGUUCUAGCUGCAUUAGCUGCUUGUGGAGAGUGGACGAUUGGGGCAACACGGGAAAAGUUCUAUAAUGAAAUAAAGCAGGCAGCAUUUGAAUAUGGAGGUGAUGUUGAUAUUCUACUUUUUUAUUUAGAAAGAAACGAAUUGAAAUCUUUAUUUGAUUUUGGUUCUCUCAUGGAAUUUGGUUGUUGUUCAUGACAGUUCUCUACUUCUCUUGCUAUUAAUCUGUAGUAUAAUAAUGUUCUAAAA